GCUUUUCCAUGCUUUUGCCUUUUGUGUUUUUGUCGAACCAUAUCCCAUGAGGAAAAGAGAAAAAAAGCAACCAAAUCAUACUAUUAAAAACAGUACUAUUCCACUUACUUUAUAAAGCCUUAUAAGAAGUGAAAAGCCCUCAAUACACACUUCUCUUUAUGUGCCAUCCUUAGUUCAGAAACCACCAAAACAAGCAAAAGCAGGCAUGGAAGAUCAAUGUAGUCCUCUUAAUUGGGCUUUCUACUAUCAAGAAGAGCAGGGAAUUGAUGAGUUGAAGCAUUCUCUCCUUUACACUACUCUGGAAUUGGAAGCCACAGUUCUUUCGGCUCGCGAGGAGCUUGCUAGAAAAGAUGAUGAACUUGUGCACCUCAAAUCUCUCUUGACGAAAAUCACUAGAGAGAGAGAUGAAGCCAUAGCAAAAUGCCAAAGACUUAUGCUGGAAAAACUUCUGCUUCAGCAGCAACAGUUGAAACAAACACACGUCGAACCAGCUGCUGCUGCACCCUCAAGUGGAACUACUAGCAAUGAAGAUUUUGAACCAAGAAGGGGAUCAGAUUCCUAUGCAGGACUUUCCUCUUCUGAUUGUGAUGAAAACGUCAUUGCAUCCCCUGCAGGUAAGGACUCUGCAGUAUUGCUUCCCCUGCAGCCUGUAUCACCACCUCCAGCUUUCGCAGACGUGACCGAUAGAAUUGUUCCCAAAAAGCCAUUGCCGGAGAAAGGGAAGUUCUUGGAGGCAGUAAUGGAAGCCGGGCCGCUUCUAAAAACACUUCUUUUGGCCGGACCACUUCCUCAGUGGCAGCACCCACCCCCACAACUCAGCACAAUUGACAUUCCUCCGGUGACCAUUUCUUCUUCUCCCAGGCCAAUGCUUCUACACCAGGACUCCUGUCUCAGUACUUGUACUGGUGGAGGUGGUGGUGGUUUGAGUAAGAAAAGAGUGCUUGUCAACGGUGAUCAAUGCUGUGAUUCUUCACCACCCAAUUCCAAGUAUCAAAGAGUUGUUCACCAAUCAUCAUUGACCAACAUCUAGCUAGUGCUGCUCAUCAUAAUUAGUUGCCUUAUCCAUCCUUUUCAUACUGUCAAAGCAUGAAAAGUAACAGCAUGAAUUGGAUGGCUAUUAUGCCUAAUUGAAAGCUUGUAUAUUAGUGGUUUGUCUUAGAUACUAAGGAUCCUAACUUAAUCAGGAGAGAAAAUUGAUGGGACUUGGCUUAAUCAAGUCCUCUUUUUCAUCCUUUUGUUUUUGAUGGAGACUUGAUCAUUUUUUCCUUUUUGGGUUUUUUUUUUUAAUCCUACUAUAGCCUAUAGCAGCCACUACUCUAGUUUAGAUAUUUUCCCCCUAGAUUAUGAACUGGGGUCUCCAAAUUCUCCAAAAGGGUGGGGAAUUCUAUAUGCAUACUAUAUCUUUUUGCUUUUACAUGAGGAUAUGGCAGUGUAUCUCUUGAUAGAUUAUGUUGCAGUGGACCUGCAGUCAUGAUUAACAAGAUGAUUUUAUUAAUGGAAGUAAAGUUGUGCUGCUUAUAUGUAUA